AUAAAAAUUUUGUACUAGUACUAAACCCUAAGCCGCUACUGCGUAAAGUGUCCAGUUUUGGCGGAUUCAAAUCGAUUCAGGUGGCCGGUGGCCUUUGUAAUUUGCAGGCUACUUCAAGAGUACUACGGCCAUGAGAAGAAGCUUUUCAAAGUUCUCCUAUCCCUCCACCACAACCAGACCCUCCUUCAUUUCCUCUUCCUCUACUUCCCCUUUCUCCACCUCCUCCGGCGCAGCAGGAGGAGGAGGAGGCAGAGGCCGUGGUCGCGGUUCUAUUUCCCCCAAAUUCCAAUUCACAAAAGAGGACCACACUCCCAAACCCUCCGAGAAUUCUUCCGUUGCAGGGUUUGGUCAUGGGCAAGGCGGUGGACGAGGAGGAGGCUCCGGUAAACCUCUGCCUUCUUCCCUCCCUCCCUUCACUUCCUUCGUUGAUAAAACUGCUGUCCCCGUCCCCGGCCGGGGCCAAGGCCGAGGCCGAGGGAUUGGAGCAGGCUUGGGCGCCGGUCACGUUACUCCACCAACACCUGCGCCAGCUCAACCCUCUGAUCCCAGCAGAAAACCCAUUUUCUCAUCCAAAGAUGGAGGGGUAGCCCCCCAUGAUUCCCAUUUGCCUCCGCCUACCCAAUCCCCGACCGUUCCCCGAAACCCUGAGGAUACCCAUCUUCCUUCCAGCAUCUUGACAAUUCUGUCAGGUGCCGGCCGAGGGAAGGCCCCGAGAUCCCCCUCACCUGUCCCCGAUAAGCCUAUUGAAGAAAACCGUCACAUCCGGGCUCGGCAGCAGCCUCCCUGGGCCACUAGAGAAGACAGUAGCACCAAUAGCGCUGCCACCUCGGCCCAGCGGUUGAGUCCGGAGGAGGCUGCCAAGAAGGCUGUUGGAAUAUUGUCCGGAGGAAGAGGAGAUGCUGGGCGCGAUGAGGGUGCUAGGGGUGGAAGGGGAGGAGGAGGUUUUAGGGGCAGAGGUGGGCGAGGAGGCAGAGGAUUGCAGGCUUGGAGAGGCCGAGGAGGAGGAGGACCAGGGGGACAAGGAGACAGGGGGGCUCGUUUUGAGGAUGCUGGUUUUGAGGAUACUGGUUAUGAGGAUACUGAUGACGACGAUUCUGCUGCUGGGCUUUACCUUGGCGACGACGCAGAUGGUGACAAAUUGACUCAGAGGCUUGGACCUGAUAUCAUGGAUCAGUUAUCUGAAGGCUUUGAGGAGAUGUCUAGCAGAGUGUUGCCUUCUCCUGAAGACGAUGCUUACCUGGAUGCUCUCCACACUAACUUACUGAUAGAGUGUGAACCGGAGUAUAUUAUGGGAAACUUUGACAUCAAUCCAGACAUUGAUGAGAAACCUCCUAUCCCUCUUAGGGACGCUCUUGAGAAGAUGAAGCCAUUCUUGAUGGCGUAUGAAGGAAUUCAAAGUCAGCAAGAGUGGGAGGAAGCUGUGGAAGAAACAAUGAAGAAGGUCCCACUUCUAAAAGAAAUUGUUGACUAUUACAGUGGACCCGAUAGAGUAACUGCAAAGCAACAACAAGAAGAGAUAGAAAGAGUGGCGAAAGCGCUUCCAGAAAGUGUACCUGCUUCAGUAAAGCGAUUCACAAAUCGUGCCGUUCUCUCUCUGCAGAGUAACCCAGGUUGGGGAUUUGAUAAGAAAUGCCAAUUCAUGGACAAGCUUGUGUCAGAAAUUUCCCAACACUAUAAAUAAUCAUGGUAUGGCUCACCAUGUUAAAUAUAUUACCUCUGAAACUUCUAGGCAGUCCGGGGAGGGAUCUCAACUAGCUAGUAUUAGAUGAGAUUCAGGUUUUUCUAUUGUUGGUUAAGUGCUUCUACUUUAGCCUGUUUUAAUUUGUUCUUGCAAUUUUCUUCGUUAGUAAACAAUUUGAUAUUUCAGUUUGGCAUUUUUGUUGCUUCGGCGGCUCAAUCAGUUUGUUGCUUUAGACAUGGUUAUGUGGAUGGGCCAAAAGUGAUGGGUUUAAACUAGCGAGCCAUCAAAUGAUAAUACUAGUACUAUCUCGGUUCUCAUAGAACUUGGUCUUAACUUGUGUUGGUUUGGCCAUCACAAACUCCAUAGUGUAUAUGAGGAUUCUGAUGCCUCAGUUGAGAAGUUUGGGGAAUUAAUUGGCCAGAUGAGGGGCUUUGAAGGUUGAAGUCAUUUUGUGGUGCUAGCCUUCCAAGAUGGUCUAAAUGAUGAGAUCAAAAAUGCAUGCACCGCUCACCCAUUACAGAUUUCAGCUUCUUCAGCAGGACUUGGAAGUACCGUAAGUAUUAUGUUCAUCUAAUUUGUGCGCUGGAUAUUUUUUCCACAGCUGCUUACGUGUUCGUUGUCUAUAAUUCAUUUUGUCCAUGUGGAAGUAUAUUACUAGUAAUAAUAAUAAUUCAUUGCAGUUGGCUACUUGGCUGACUCUGGUAA